ACUUACACUUCCACUUCAACCUCCAACAUGUGAUUUUCGUAUUCUCAAGCCAUUCUCGAAAUGGACAUCAAACACUCGCGGCAUAUUCUGCUGCUCGGUACACGCGAGUCCGGCACGCUGGACGUUGUCAAAGAUCUCACAGGUUCCGCUCCCGAUCCGCACGUCGAUGGCUCCACGGCUGGGCUGACGCACGAAUGGAACGCCGAAACCGCAUAUUAUAAAGCGAACGUACCAAUCUGGAUUGACGAAGUGUCAGAAAUACAGUCAUGGAAGACUGAGUUUGUGAAGGCAGAGGCGAAGGAGGUGGUUGACGAGGUCGGAGCGUGGAUCUACUGCUUUCAGCGUCAAGCAGAUGGCAAGAUCAGUCCAGAGGUUGAGGAGGCAUUGAAGAGCAUAAAAGAAGUAGUAGACCAGCACUCGCUUGCCCUGGAUACGACGCUGCUAGCAGUAGCGAAGCCACAUGGGAAGCAGGCUGUAAGCAGCGCGACUGCGAAUCAAGAAGAGCAAGAAGAUCUAUGUAUGCAGUACGGCUUCGAAUACGUGGACUACAGCGCAACUGGCAAGAAUGAGUACGGAGAGAAGGUGGGAUUCGAGCGGCUGAAGGAAGUUCUCGAGACGAACGAAUGGGCGUCUGGGGAGAAUGAUGAGGUAGAACUCGAUGAUCUGGACUUCACGGCAGAGGACUUUGGCGAUUUUGGCACGGAAGAGGCAGAGAUGACCGCUGAGCUGUUUGGCAUGAAGGCUGCGUUGAAUGAAGAGGACGACCCGGAUACAAGUGGAGAGGGCUUCACCACUGCAGCACAAGCUGUUCAAGUGGACGACUUGGACAAACUCAUGUCGCAGCUACUCGCCGUGAGGGAGCAGAGUGCUGGUUUGCCAGAAGAGGAGCGUAAGAAGAAGGCAGCCAAGGCCGUUAAAGACAUUAUGGAUGGGAAUCCAAACUUGGGAUGACGUGCCCAAUGCAACCCAAUCACCAAGUGCUCUAAAAGGUGGAAACAGACAUACACC